CACAAACACACGCACACACACACGGCACGAGCCUGCAGGCGAGACAACAUCCUCGGGCUUGUCACGUGCAGACGUUGCAGAAAUUAGUUUAGUUUUUAAACAUAUAGCGCCCGAGUUGAGCCGCAGAAGAAGAAGAAGCCAUCCCGCUGAGCACAGCUUCACAGUUUACCUGAUGGCUGCCAGUCACUGCGAUCCAUCCAUCCCUAUCAGAUUUCAAGAUAUUUGUCAGGAUUCCUUCUACUUCACAGAGACUGAAACUGAUGCAGAUUUACAGGAGGAUGAUUUCUGUAAGUGUGGACGUGAAGCCAAGACAUUUAUGAUCGAGAGCAACGAAAGAAAAUUCCUGAUUUUGACCACUGACGGGACUCUAGAAGCCCAGGACCUGGAUCAGGUGGAAAGAGGAAGAUCUGGGUGCAAAUUCAACAUCCAGGAGUAUCUUGACAGCUCUUCACAGCCAAAGAUGGGAAAGCCAGUCAUGCUGUACGCCAGUAAAGACGGCCAAAAGAUGGUGGUAUGCUGCCGUGAGAACGGAGACGUUUAUCCGAAGCCGAUGGACCUUCCCACGAAUAUUUCUGGAGAAGAACACGAGGCCAUGUUCUACCAGGAAAGAAUCUCCUGUGGCAGAUGCAGGUUUGAGUCCACCAUGUAUAAAAACCACUUCCUGGCGUUCGAGCCAGACCAGAAUAUUCCAGGUUUGUAUAAACUGCUCCUGCAUUAUAAAGGAGAAACUGAAGUGGACGAGUCGUGCAAUCUUACCCUGACUACGAAAUGAAUAUCCUGUCCCCUAAAUAUACCACACAUUAACUCCAUUUUCUUUAUAUAUGAGGUUUUUAUUUUGGC